AUGUUUGUCAUAAUUCAUGCCAUGCUCGCUCUUCUGGGUUUGAACUGCUAUGGCGCCACUGUCACUUACCCUGAAAGAAAUCCGUUGCUGGGCAAAUAUCAGGACGAAUCACAGUGCUUUCCACUCCAAGAGACCUGGUACAUGUUGUACAGGAACUAUGCGUUCGACCCGGCAUUUGGUGGCACUGCUAAAUGCGUUCGAUUCACAAAUGCUGGUCCAGAAGUAAACGGCGCAUACCCGCUCGUCAUCAGUUUUGGAAACAGUUCGAAUUCCGUCACAGCAACUCUUGGUUCAUCACCGGGGUAUACUGCCAAAAACAUUAUAAACCUAAAGUCUGAAGGGCAAAACACCUCCCUUUCGGUGUACGAUGGCUAUAUGAUGUGCAAGGAGUGCGCUAUACUUAGAUUUCCUUAUGCAAAUGAAAACGCAUGCGGCCUCCUCGUUCCCGAAAGUCAACUUGGCAAAGACAUCACCUGCUGCAGAUUUGUCUUUGAUCUCAUCUGCGGCACCACUCCAAAAUACAUAAUCUACGACGAAUCCUGCUGAACAA